AUGUUCGCCCUACAAAUCUUCCUCCUGCUCUUCCAAAACAUCGCAAGUUACCGUGAUAUCAUAAUGUUCGGUUAUCCAACCUAUGUGAUUUGUGUCACGAAAUCUCUAAAAGUCUCGAAAUCCGCCACUUGCGUCACGAGUUUCGCAAACUCCGCAAAAUAUGAUUUUGCGUUUUAUAAUUCAGCAGAGAAGUCGUGUUGCCUCACAAAUUAUCAAUAUAUUUUUGGCGCCAAAAACACAGGAAAAUCGGAUGUGAUUGGAUUUCGAGUCGAUAAGACGACGUUGGCCGAUUCGCAAACGUGUCCCAAAAAAAAUCCAAUUAUUGCUAGUAAUUUUAAAGGAGGAACUUCAAAAUUUCUAAUUAAAUAUGCUAAUAAUCAAUUGUGGAUCAGUGCGCGGGCUUGUACAGGAGAUAUCUAUGUUUAUUAUUCGGUUCGGAGUGGAAAAAUCGUUUGUUGGGGGGUUAGUUUGAGAUUUGCUGAAUGUUGGAUGAUUUCUGUAGAUCACAAUUUUUGUGGCAGUAAUCUCAAGUUGUGACGUGGCAGUUGAAAAUAUUUUUUAUUUGUAAGUUAGCCUUAAACUUAACUCUCAAGCACAACUCUCUGAUCUACUCAAGUUUUGAGGCACCAAAGUUCAACCUACAGAAUUUCUGUAGUACAGAAAUCCUAAGCUGUGACAAUAUUAGAUCUACAAAACCCUAUAUUUUAAAGCUCGUAAAUAUUAACUAAGCCCUACAUUUCAUUUUUUAUUCACAGUUCAAGCAAUCAAACAACAACAAUAUAAAAUUAUCGGUGGGAACAAUAUCUCAAGAUUCACAAUUCACAUCUCCUCCAGAUUUGAAAAUAAUCGAAAAAGAGAUAAAAGAUAUGAUGAAAACAGGAAAGGUGAGAAAAGGAGCGAUUCCGAUUGAUGGAACACGGAAACUUGAAUGUAAUAUGUUGAAUAUUAUGGAUAAUGCAAAUUGUAAAUUUCCGAAUGGAUAUACUUUCAAAGAUCCUGGGAAUCCAAUCAUUUCACAAUUAAAAUUUGUGAAUAAACCUGAUUUUAGCAUUUACAAGAUGUGUAUUAUUAUGCUGUUCGAUUUGGAUAAUUCGAGUUUGGAUAUGCGAUUGACGUUUGUUAGGUGAGCGGAAAAAGGUUGCGCGCGGGAAAAAAAACAGUUUUUUCAGUUGCUCGGCAACAUCGUUUGGCGAAUAUACAUGGCCAGUGUACUGUGGUCGUGUUUUAUGA